UAUUUAAGUAGGUGACUGUUGCAUUCUCCCUCUUGUUGUUGAGUUUAACCUUGGUUCUUAGUGCUUCUGCUUUGGAGACGAAUUCUUUUGCAGGUCGGAGAUGACUGGGACAGCAGCUGGACUGAUGGUGCUCACAGCCGUGACUCGAGCUGUCUGGGCUUCAGCUGCUGACAACAACGAUGACCGUUUUACCUACGAUUACUACAGGCUCCGUGUCGUAGGGCUGAUCGUCGCUGCUGUACUGUGUGUCAUCGGGGUCAUCAUCCUGUUGGCUGGAAAGUGUCGAUGCAAAUUUAAUCAGAACAAGAGGACCCGGUCUAACAGUGGGAUUGCCACUGCCCAGCACCUCCUCCAGCCCGGUGAAGCGACAGAAUGUUAAGUGCGGACUGGAGCUGACACUGCCCCAGGACGAGGGGGUGAAGAAUUUCCUUCUCGUCCAUCCCCUCCUGCUCCUUCCUCGCCUCCUGCCCUGUGAUGUAUCUGUUGAUGACUGCGUGCUCUCUCUCUCCCCUCCCCACCCUCCGCAGUGGGGGGCUGGGUAAACGUGUAAUAAAUUCUGGCUGAGCCCCCAGCCCUGUGCCCUGCA